AGUUUUCCCGUCAAAACAAUUUUCCAUUUUCCAGAAAUUGUUCUUUCCGUCGUGAAUAGUUAUGGAAAGUAAAGAAAAAUUAUGCUAGCCAUAAGAAACCUGUUCUCCAGCCAAGGCCUACUGCGGUUCUCGUUGGCCGAAGCAGCAUUUCACGGGAGAGUUGUUGCAUCACGAGAUUGGACUAAAGAAGGAUGUUACAGCCCCUACAAAACGUUUUGCUCGACACCAACCACGGGGACGAAGAAUGAAGAUGAAGAGCAUUGCAAUGUCGGAACUAUCGGACACGUCGAUCACGGCAAAACGACUCUCACAGCGGCUAUUACUAAAAUACUUUCGAAAGAUGGUCACACAAACUACGUUCCCUACGAUCAAAUUGAUCGUGCACCGGAAGAAAAAGCUAGAGGAAUAACGAUCAAUGCAGCCCAUAUAGGAUACAAAACGGCGAGGCGUCACUACGCUCACACGGAUUGUCCCGGUCAUGCGGAUUACGUAAAAAACAUGAUAUCCGGUGCCUCGCAAAUGGACGGCGCCAUACUGGUGGUGGCCGGCACCGAUGGCCAGAUGCCACAAACACGCGAACAUUUGCUGCUGGCUCGUCAGGUGGGGGUCAGUAAGAUCGUCGUUUUCAUCAACAAGGCUGAUCAAGUGGACAACGAAGUGUUGGAUUUGGUGGAAAUUGAGAUACGUGAACUUCUCUCUGACUUUGGGUUCGACGGUGUCGAAAGUCCCAUCAUCGUUGGCUCCGCGCUGCUUGCUCUGCGAGGCGAUCAGUCGGAUCUUGGGGAACCGUCGAUUCGCCGGUUGAUGGACGCGAUCGAUGAAUACAUUCCGACACCAACGAGAGAUCUCACUUCACCGUUUCUGCUUCCAAUAGAUAAUGCGUUCACCGUACCUGGCCGUGGAACAGUCGUGGUAGGAACGUUGGCCAGAGGUACGAUGAAAAAGAACAAUGAGGCGGAGUUGCUUGGAUUCGAUGAAGAGAUCCGUACCACUAUCGGUGGCAUGCAGGUUUUCAAGAAAGAUGUUGCUGAGGCGAAGGCCGGCGAUAAUAUCGGUGCACUGUUACGGGGCGUAAAACUGCAAAGUGUACAGCGCGGAAUGCUAUUGUGUGCGGCCGGAAGCGAACGCGUUUCGAACCACUUUGAAGCAUCAAUGUAUCUGCUUGCACGGAACGAGGGUGGCCGCUCGAGGCCGCUUACUUCGAAGUAUAUACAGCAACUAUUUAGCAAAACGUGGAACGUGCCUUGUCGCGUUGAUCUAGUCGCACAGGACAUGCUGAUUCCGGGUGACCACGGUGCAAUCAAGCUAACAUUGCUGCGGAAGAUGGUGAUGUCCUGUGGCCAAUCUUUCACGGUCCGAGAGAACGGUAAAACGGUCGCCACUGGGUUAGUGACCAAAGUGCUCAAUUCAGUAAAUUUGCCGCAGAAAAAAUUGAUUAAAUUAGAACUGGAAAACUAAUUGGGAACGUGUGUUUUUCAAUAAACGAGGUUUUGAAAGACCAAUACAGAUAUUUUGUACGAAUAUGCAAAUGGUUUA